AUGGCAGUGUCAGGUCGGAAGGUUUCUGAUUUUCGUGCAUCAGUAUCUGAAGGUACAACAGAGGAUUUUGACUACAGUUGUGAACCAUGCUUGGCUAUUGGCCAGUAUAUAGAAGCUCAUGGAUUUUGUGUGGACUGUCAGGAAUACAUGUGCAAGAACUGCUUUGCUUAUCACCAAAGGAUGAAAGCUACGAAACAUCAUAAUCUUCUUGAUAUAGAUAGCAUUGACAAACACACCAUUGAUAGUACUGAUUCAGCAGUGUGUACCGAAAAGUGUCAUAUUCACAAAAAUGAGAUCAUCAAGUUCUUCUGCACAAACCAUGAAUUUCUUGGGUGUACUGAUUGUAUAACUCUGAAUCACAGGACAUGUAAAACUGAUUACAUACCUGAUAAAUGUGCAGGUAUUGGAGAUAGUAACGAGUGCAGGGAAACAAUGAGAGCACUAGAUCGAAAGAUAGAAGAAAUGGAUGCCCUGCUCAAAAAGGCAACACUACAAGACAAUGAGGUGGAUUCCUCCUACGAUCACGUAAUAAAAGAAAUAACUAAGUUCCGCAAAGAGAUAAAUGAUCGCUUAGAUCAACUGCAAAAGCAAAUUCAGACAGAGGCCGACAAAAAGAAGUUCACAGAUAAACGAACAGUCAAAAAUGUGAUAGAAACAUGUACAGCAACUUCUUCAGAUAUCAUGAAAUUCAAGUCAAGUAUACAAGACAGCAAAACUUCGCAGCAGAAUGGGCAACUUUACAUCCUAAUCAAACAAGCAAAAUCCAAACUUAAGUUGGAUGAUUUGAAGAAUGCUGAAGAAUCUUUGGAUCAGACCAGCAUUCAAUACACAUUUAAAAGAAACAAACAAUUAGAGAACCUCCUUACAAAGAAAGAUAUAUUUGGGAAGUUGAACCUAUCCACUACCCUGAUGGAGAAAGAGCAGUUGAUCCUAUCCACUACCCUUAUGGAGAAAAGGCAGUUGAACCUAUCCACUACCCAGGUAAAGAAAGAGCAGAUGAACAUAUCCUCUACUCUGAUGGAGACAGAGCAGUUGGGCGUAUCCACUACCCUGAUGGAAAAAGAGCAGUUGAGCCUUUCCACUACUCUGAUGGACAAAGAGCAGUUGGACCUGUCAACUACCCUAAUGAAAGAGCAGUUGAGCCUAUCCACUACUCUGGUGACUCCGAGGAAGAAGAAAGUAUAUACAAAAUUAACUGACAUAGGAAAUAUAAAUGUAAGUAUAAAGUCAGAUGAGACUACAUGUAGAUGCAGUAUCACAGGGUGUGCAGUAUUGUUCUCUCACAGAGUUAUGCUGGCUGAUUACAACAACCAAAAGCUAAAGGUAGUGGACAAACAAAGUAAAGCUGUUAUACAAGAGAAGACGUUUGACUCAGUCCCAUAUGACGUUGCUGUACUGCCUCAGAACCAGAUUGCUGUGACAAUGCCAGAUAAGAAAGAGAUCCUUAUAAUGACAAAAACUGGAAAACUGUCAAUCAGCCGAAGUAUUCCAGUGAAACAACAAUGCAGAGGUAUAACUUACCAUCAAGGUCAACUCUAUGUGGUUUGCAGGGAUCCAAAUAGUGUUCAUAUAGUAGAUACACAAGGUAAUGUCAAUAACAUAAUCAGCCUUAACAAUGAGAUAUUUGCCACCCCAAACUACAUACUGUUAAGCGAAGAUGCCGGACAUAUCUACAUCAGUGACUGUGAUAGCAACAGUGUAGUCAGUGUGACAUUACAUGGUGAUAUAUCAGCUGUAUAUAAGCACAAUGAUCUUGUUGCACCAUUGGGAAUGCUGAUGUUAGAUGAUGGAUCAUUUCUGGUGUGCUGCUUCAACAAUGACACCAUACAUCAUAUCUCUAGAAACUUGAAGCGAGGUGAGACAGUCUUAAAUUCUGGAUUAGAGAACCCACAGUCUAUAUGCUACAAUCAUCGUGAACAAGAGGUGAGGUUUGCUUACAAUCGUAGUAUAGCCGGCGUCAUGUCUAUGGAUCAAGACGAUUUUCUGGAACAUUACUGCAACGCUGAAAGAUUUCCUCUUCUAACCGCCAUCUACAAUGCAAAAGAAGAACUGUCAUCAAAAGAUAAUCACGUGGUUGGUGACGUCAGCACAAGCACUACACAAUACAGACCACCGAAAGAUGUUCCUUUUGGCAUAGUUGUCGGAUAA